AUGUCCCGUGACUCGCCACCCCGUUCGCCACCCCGUUCGCCACCCAUCGUUCUCGGAAGCUCGUCUCCGCAGCGUGCUCACAUUCUACGAACCGUUCUCGGAAUUGAGAAUUUCAAAGUGGUCCCGUCCCAUUGUCCAGAGGAUCUGGACCCUUUGCAAUACGAGUCGGCCAAAGAAUAUGCCUUGGCAACCUGUAAUGCCAAGCUGGAUUGCCUGUUGCAACGCCAGGCGUCUUUUGAAACUCCCAGCGUGGUGGUGGUUGCUGAUACUGUCGUGGCAGACUGUGACGGCAGAGUGUAUGGCAAACCUCACGAUAGCAAGACCCAAUAUGAAAUGCUGGCCCAUUUCAUCAAGGGUCCCUUUGUCGAAAUCCACACUGCGUUGCGAGUGGUGGUGGUGGUAUGCAAGAACAGCGUUGAUGACAUCACCUCGCAUUGUGAAACCACCAGGCUUGUUUUUGACCCCACCAUUACACCUCACGUAUUGCGCGACUAUAUAAACACUGGCGAAGGCAUAAACGCAGCAGGCGGGUUUUGUAUCCAAGCUGGAGGCGGUGCUCUUGUCAAGUCCGUCGAGGGCGAUUACUACAAUGUAGUUGGCUUACCUGCAAACGCCUUGUUUAACGCCUUGCUUGCCGUGAAGGAUUUUCUUCCCUCGCGGAACCGCCGAGAAUAA